CUUCCUUUCUCAUCUUCCAAAAAGAAUUUAAAAUACAGAAGUUCCCUCUAUGUGCACUCACUCUCUCACUUUAUUUCGCGUCGUUCUUCUCGCUUCGCUUCUCUGUCGGCAUUCUUGUUAGUUCGUUUGUUAUUGUUAGUUGGUUGGUGGUUGAUUGGUUGUCGUUAUUCUCGAUAUCGUAUUCCCGGUAAUACAGAGGGACAUAUGGGACGAAAAAGGGGUGGUACUUCUGUUCCAACUGUUGGUAGUAGGGCAAAGUUGGGGCUUACAAUGAAGGAAGUGACAGAGGACCUUCUAGGAGUGGAAGGUGUAAAUGUUGCUGGUGAUAAAAGCCAGAGAGGUGUUGCUGGUAAAAGAAAAGGGCCAGCAAAGAAGAACAUACCUGAGAAAAGUAGGAAAAAGAGGAAAGAAGGGGUUGAACCUUAUCAAGUGACCUUCAUGAAUGAGUUGCUUGCUUCUGGCAUUGGGGGGUUGAACAAUUUGAAGAUUCAGAUGGUGGUGGAAGUGAUGAGUCACAGCAAGUAAGUGAAGAUGGCGGUGGAAGUGAUGAGCAGGGUAGUGAGGAGGAUGAAGAAUUGCAGCAUUUGGAGCGGAAAAUCAGUAACGGCAACGCUGAAGCAGGCACGUUGAAGAAGAAAAGGGCGAAAGCAAGGGAAGCUAAAUUGAUAAAUGUUGUUAAGGCCAAGGUGUUGGAUCCGCAGCUAGCAGUAAUAGUUCCAAAUAGAGUAUAAAGCUUUGUUUUUUGCAUUCCAUUAUUUUAUUUAAUAGUCUGUGAGGUUGUUGGUUUGUAUAUGUAGGCGGUUGAUAAUCGUCCACUUGGAGUUAUUGUGACAGAGAAGGAGAGGGUAGUAGAUACCCAAUCACAUUUUUGUUCCAAGCUUGCUAAUGUCAUAUGCCGCGUAGAUGCAUUUAGCAAGCUUAUUGAUGGACUGGAUCCAACAAGGAAGAUGGUAGUUCAAGACAUGGGGUUUGGUGCACUUCUGAACCUGAAGUUGAACCGAUUAGACAGGAAGUUUUGCUACUGGUUACAUACUAGGGUGGAUCCUCUAAGUUGUGUGAUGCGAUUUGGGGAUGGCAUGGAGUUGCCUUUAAGUCCCAUGCAGUGGAACUAUGUGCUAGGAAUUCCGUACACACGCGAGCCAGUGUCGCUGACUUGUGAAAAGCUGGACUUAAAUAUGAACAAAAGAGUUAAGCUGAUUAGCAAGUGGUUUGGAGUUGUGGAUGCACAGGGAAGGACACACAUCUCAGUUGGGCGGGCCGUUGAAGCGAUUCAGUUAGGGUUGGAAGAAAAGGGGUAUUCAGGCGGGCCCCUAGUUGAUGAUGAUGAUGUGUUGUAUUUUAGGACUGCAUUUCUUGUUGCUUUGUUGGGUCAAGUAUUAUGUUUGUCAAUCGACGGUGGUAAAUUUUCGAUCUCGUUGGUGCCGGCUGUUGCAGUGGCUCAUGAUGCGGAGCUGUACAACUGGGCGGAGUUUAGCCAUAAUUGGCUGAUGGCAUUUCAGAUAAAGUUUCAGGCCAAGAUUGAGAAGUAUGGGUUUGUAGCUAGUUGUGGAGGGUGUACGCUAAUUUUACAGCUGUUUUACGUGGAUCAUUUGAGUUUGACUCCAAAUUCAUGGGGUGAGAUGCCGAGGAUUGAUGUGUGGACGCUGGAGAGAGUGAGCAGUGUUAUUGAAAAAGACAGGAGGCUGUCUGGUGACUAUGGGAAGUUGAAGUGCAUUGAUGUUGCAUACGGUGAGCGGCAUCCUCGCCUUGCGAGGGAUAGGAGAUUGCCGCAGGAGCUGGUUGGUUGCUCAAUGCAGGAUUUGAUUGUUAGAAAGGUAGUAAAAGCCUUGACUCCUCGGUUGGAAUCAAUCGAGCGCAGCCUGGAGAUAUUGUUCAGGAGUAAUAGGCUGGUCAAGGAUGACAGUAGUGGAAGGCCACGAGCGCCUUUGAAGGGAUUGAGUGCAGUUGCAGAGGCUGUAGUGAAAAAGGGGGCUGUAGUGAAGAAGGGGGCUGAUGUAGCUGGGAAGAAAAAUGUGCAAUGGGUUGAUCUGGAUUCGUGUAAUAGGAUGGUACCAAGUGAUCCCAUGAUGAUGGAUUUUGAGAAUCUGUGCUCCAUACGUGAGGUGCUUCAUGGCAUACAACAUGAAAAGGUGGAUGCUGAUGCUGGGUUAGGUGGAGAGAAUGCACCAUAAGAGAAAGCACCAGGAGAGAAUCCAGCAGGAGAGAAUGCAAGGAAUAAUGAACUUGGGGAGAAGAAUGUAGGAGAGAAUAAUAAAAUGGGGGAGAAGAAUGCAAGAGAGAAAAAUGAAAUGGGGGAUAAGAACGCAGGAGAUGGUUAUUAAAAAAAAUGGUAAUGGAAAUGGGGAGAAGAAUGCAGGUGAAGAAAAGAGGGGUGAGGAAAAAACAAGUGCAGAUGAGACUAGUGGUGGUGAGGAAAAAAAUGAGUAAAAAGAGUCCUGGAAAAACAGGUGAGGUGGGGGAUAAAGAAGGUGAACCUGUGCAGGGCAAACAACAAAAAAAUUGAGAAGAACUUAAGUACUCCAAGGAAGGGGGGAGGUGGGGGACUCGUAGUGCCAGCAAAUGACCAUGGAGUGAGGUCGUGAUGGCACCAAAGACUAGGACUUAUGGCGAUGUGGAGCGGAAAGUAAACACGUUGGUCAAGAAUUGGUCUGUUAGGGCUGAUGGUAUUAGUGGGUAAGUGUAUUGUGUUAGGAUAGUUGUCGAAUAUUAAAGGCUAAAGAUACCGGUUGUGUGUAUAAUGUAAUGUCUUCAUCAUUGUAUUGUAAGGGAGUUUCACUGAUCUUGUGCGACGGGAUGGAUGCAACAGUUGGGGAUUGCCAUGGUGUUCAGAAUAUGUGAGCACGGGUGAGCACCCAAUACGUGAGGACGGCAACUAAGCUGUAUACCAAACAAUGGGCUGUUAUGUAUGAGGGUUAUCGCAGGAGAAUUAUGAUAGAUGUUACGUUCUCGCAACGAAUAAUUGAUAAGGAAGAGGAGCCUAAGGUUGCAGCUAGGAAGCAUGUCCAAAGUUUCAAAGGUUUGGCUAUCAGCAACAUUGGAGUGGUUUUUGUACCUGUUCUGCAAAAGGAGCACUGGUGGUGUCUCACUCUGGAUUUAAGGGAUGAGUGCUUAUGGUAUAUUGAUUCCAUGUUCCCUGAUCCUGUUAAGCGACACAGAGCUAUCCUUGAAAAGCUGUGAAAGCUGUGGUGUGCUGAUGCAGUUGUGUAUUAAGGAAUGCGCGUACCAGUUCACUCAUCGCUACGGUGUGGGGAAGCUGGAUGUUGCCCUAAACAGUCUGUUGUAUGACGAUCUUCGUAACGAUGAAAAUGAAUUAAGACCCACAUUUCCGUUGUUGCCCGGGGGUGAUGGGGACUCGGUGUGACUUCUACCAGAUGAUUCCUAUGCUGGUUUCUUUUGUAUUUUUGUAAACAAUUAGGCAUUAUUCAUAAUGUUUUUGUAAACAAUUGUGCUUGCUUCAUUUUGGAGACGACUGUUGAUAACUGAAGGAUAGCUGUAGCUUUUAGUAUUUAAUACAGUAAAUUGAUGUUUUAUGGUAUCUAUAUGGUAAAUGUUGGUAUAUAUAUUUUGAAUGGUAAUUGUUGGUUUAUAUAA